GCGACUGCAUGUGAAGGGAGCAGAAAAUCAUUCAGUUCCUGAUCAUCACUGAGGACGACUCAACAACUUACUGACACUCUCUGGAAACCUGAAAACCACAUGAAACCUCCUGAUGAUGGCUUUUCUUCCUCUUCUUAUAGGAAGCAAGAGAAAAGGAUGAAGACUUAUGGAACUGAGGGAAUACUGAACCAGAUCUGUGCUGAUUCGUGGAGAAUUUGGUGACUGACAUUUUCCACUGAGGGCUUAUUGGAAGGAGGAGGAGGAGGAAACAUUUAAAGGAAUGUAAAAGAUCUUAUUGGUUUUGGACACGGGGAAGCACAGAGGAAUGUUUGUGUUAAGAUUCAGGACUUUCUUAUCUUCAAACUGAUGUGAGUGUGUGUCUGUGUGUGAAGGAAGGGAAAGUUAGGGUAACACACACGUCAAAUAGCAUCAUGUACAUCAUCCAUCUCUGUCGGCUGCACUCUCACAGGUGCAGGGAUGAGACGAGGCGGCAAGGACACUCGAGGAUUUUCACACACAUUCAUUCACAAAGAUGCACACACACACUCUAAUUACAUGUGUGCAGGUAUGUAGUUCAAGUAACUCUGCUAACGUCCAUGCUGAAAAUCUGCGUCAAACUGAUAAAAGUUUUGUGGUUUGCAUCAUGAAAAUCAAAGAGUAAAGGUCAUAAUUCAUCUGUUUGAAGAAGGACUCGGUGGGAGAUGACGGACGACCACUCUGCUUUGUAACAUCCCAGACUUCAGAUGAAGCUAAUAUUUUUAACAUGAGCGCAGCUUUGACGAGCCCGGACAUCAAGGAUGAGGGACCUUCAGCUGCCGUUUCUGCAGCUUCAAAUGGAUUCUAUGAUCAGAAGAUGAGAAGAUUUAAGUUUUAAAAAACAUGUGAGUGUAAGUCAGUCUAACAUUUGGUUUGGAGUAUUUUUCAAGCAGAACUGGAGCAUUUUGUUGUGUUGUUUUUCCAGGGCUGCACUCACACAGUGACGGUAUUAACAGAGCGAUUUAAUUUUUAUCCAUUCAGCAUUGUCCUUUGAGAUUGAACAGCUGCUCUUUUUGUUGCGCUGAAUUCAGCAGUCUAUUUUUGUUUUUCCCCCGUCUGGAGAGGAUCAUCAUCUGUUGAUCCUUUGACAGACGAGUCGAAGCUGAGGAGUUUCCUCUGAGAUGAUGGAGUGAAUAAGUGACAUACUGGUGUUACAGUACAGUGUUCACCUGGAGAGAAGAAAGGGAAAGCCAGUAAAUGAUGACAAGACUUUCUUCUUUAUUUCUUUACUCUGACCCAUUUUCCAGGCAGCAGUCCUGAGACGUUUCUGUCUCCGGCUGUGACGGCGCUACCGAGCUGACACCAUGAACCUGCGCGGCGGCAACAUGUCAGAGUUGAUCUCUAACACCGUCAGAGCCAUUACUGCUCUGGAGUCCAACCCGGGGCCUCCACGUGGACUAGAGGAGAGCACCCUACGAAUCAAUAACGUGUCAAAUUCAGGGUGUCAAGGCAAUGGGAUUGAUGCACAGCUGGGGAACUGGUCUUACCGUGAUGCUGGCGAGGAGGGCGGCAGGAUUUAUGGGUCCCAGUGUCCUCCCCGAGAGAUGGUGGCGGAGAAGAACUGGGCGGCGCUGCUGAUUCUGGUUGUCAUCGCCGUCACAGUCAUGGGCAACAUCCUGGUGAUCCUGGCGGUGUCCCUGGAGAAGAAGCUGCAGAACGCCACAAACUACUUCUUGAUGUCGCUGGCGGUCGCUGACAUGCUCCUUGGCAUCUUGGUCAUGCCGGUUUCCAUGGUGACCAUUCUGUACGAUUACGGGUGGCCCCUGCCGCUUAACCUCUGUCCCAUCUGGAUCUACCUGGACGUCCUGUUCUCCACGGCGUCCAUCAUGCACCUCUGCGCCAUCUCUCUGGAUCGAUACAUUGCCAUACGAAACCCGAUCCACCACAGCCGCUUCAACUCUCACACCAAGGCUCGCAUCAAGAUCAUGGCAGUGUGGACGAUCUCAGUGGGGAUCUCCAUGCCGAUUCCUGUGCUGGGACUCAGAGACCACUCCAAGGUGUUCAAAGAUGGCAGCUGCCUGCUGACAGAUAACAACUUUGUGCUGGUCGGCUCCUUCGUGGCCUUCUUUGUGCCCCUCACCAUCAUGGUCGUCACCUAUUUUCUGACCAUCAACGCCCUGCAGAAUGAAGCCACCCUCUGCUUGGACCAGCUGGUCCCGAGGCCCAAAUGGAGCACAACAUUCACCCUGAGCUUCUUACCGCAAACCUCUCUGUCCUCUGAAAAACUGUUCAGACGCUCGAUAAGCCGUGAGGCAGGUGGCAGAGGAAGCAGCGGCGGCCUGGGAGGCGCCCGCGGGAGCGUCACCGGCUCGCUGUUUGGACGCCGCACCAUGCAGUCGAUCAGCAACGAGCAGAAGGCAUCCAAGGUCCUCGGGGUGGUGUUUUUUCUAUUCGUGGUCAUGUGGUGUCCAUUUUUCAUCACCAAUGUGCUGGUGGUGGUGUGUGACCCGGCGGUGUGCGAUGCAGGACUCAUGGGAGGUCUGCUGAACAUUUUCGUCUGGGUCGGGUACUUGUCCUCAGCAGUCAAUCCGCUGGUCUACACACUGUUUAAUAAAACAUACCGUGCAGCUUUCCUGCGCUACAUCCGCUGCCAGUACCAGCCGCAGAAGAAACCUCUGCAGCUCAUACUGGUGAACACCAUCCCGCCGCUGGCUUACAACUCCACCCAGCUGCCCCUGGGCGACAUCGGGAAGUUACGAAAUGGAACAGCGCAUUCUUGUGGUGAGGUGAGGGAUUGCUCUUUACCCAGGCAGGAAACAGAGAUGUGUAGGCCGGACAAAAGCCAUGGAGAUAAAGAUGAAAGCUGUGUGUGAGAGUGGCUGACAGAACAGACUGACACAGAAACAGAAGUAAAAACCUGCUUCAAGGUUUGAUCCCAUGCAAGUCGUGGAUGAGAUUAAACUGUCACAUUUAACCUCUGCGGUCACAUCUUUCUUGGGAGCAAAGGAUUCAAGGUUUAAUGUCAAAGUGCCAAAGACAAAGUGCCUCCCAGUCAGGAUUUCAGAGGUUAUGUGCGUCCCAAUCCCUCAAGCAAAUUGAGCUAUAAAUGAUAUAAACUUUUUCCUUUCAAAGCAACCUUAGAGGGUUUGUCCUCAGAUUCAUUCAGCCUCUGAUCCUCAUCAUCAGGGUCUGGAUCAGUUGCAUAAAGUUUCCUUAUUACAACAAAAACACCUUUUGAUAACAAUUUACCCCAAAAUAAUGUCAGUGCUUUGUUUCAUGUAUUUAAAUCCCUCAAAGUCUUUACAAGGUUUUGGUCUUAGUGCUGUUUCAGAGCUUUCUCACUGCCAGAAAAUGUUUUUUUUUUUUCACUUGAGAAUCUUUAAAAAACAACAACAACAACAACUAGAUAUUGAAUUUAUCAGUAUCAUCCAGUCUGAGAGCCAGAUGACAGGAAUAGGCACAGUCCAUGUAAAUGAUAUGAGACACUCUCGGGUAUAUCCACUACAAAAGAAGACAUAAUUUGCCCAUUUUGCAAAUGACCCUUCAGACAAAGGGGUAAAAAAAAUCAUAGAUUCCUCCCAUAAUUUCAUUUUCCAUGGAUGCUCAGCUGCAGUGACCUCAGCUCCCCCUUCAUUUCACUGGCUCCAUGACUUCAGUCAGGUGGCCUCUACCUCCCAUCAUACCUUUGGGUGGAUCAGCAGGGAUUAGACUGGAUUUCCUGCCACCUUAUCAGAUGUUAGCGUCGGAGAGGGAGAUCCAGGAUGAGCCUGACGCACCGGGACUCCAGACAGGAAAGGCUCCUGCUGCUUCUGUGUUUUCUGUUGAAAAUAACAACACUAAGAACAAAUAGUAUGUCUGAGAGCAGAUGGUGAUGGGGGUGACGAUGUUACAGACAGACAACGUAAAUAAAUCUAUAUUUGUAUUUUGUGCAGAUAUAUGUGAAUAAAUGUACAUGAUUGUUGAGGUUAAAAAGAUUUUUUCACAAGUGAAAGGAGAAUUAUCGUUCCUGAUUACGAUGCAGUAUGAAGAUUGUAAAAUGAGGAUUUAAAUGCAAAUGUAUCCAUUGCCGCACUUUUUUAUUGUGUUCUUGAUAAACUACCAGUGCACAUUGGCACAAAAUAUCAAGGGUUUUCUGCAGUCUUUACACAUAGUGACACAUGAUCUGGUUGCCACAUGUUUAAAUAUCAUUUUAAUAAUUUAGACCUGCUGUAUUAGACUAAAGAGAGAAUCAUCUGGACAUAGGACAGAAGCUAGAUUAAUUCAUGAUGGUGGGUUUGUACCAUGGAUGUAUUAUCAAGGUGUGUUCAGACCUGAGCCAUGGACCUCAGAUUAGAUAUAGACUUGGUCCAAAAUACAGUUCAGACAGGACAAUAUCUCGCAGAAUCUCGCCACUAAACUAACGUUCAGAAUAUUUAGCUCAUUCAUGAUACAAAAUAGUAAUAAUUGACCUUGAGGUGUCAUGACAACAGUUUUACAGACAUAUUUUAUAUCUUCAGGGAAAUGCAAUUUGGGACCUGGGAUUUAUUUUUGUUGCAGUACCGUAUUUGGCCACUGUGAAAAAUGUGCAACUCUCCAACACUCUGUUAGUACAUCCAUGGCUUGCACAAUGACUACCAUGUUCAGAAAAGCCUUGAAAACCAAAAGGCAACAACAACAAGAAAAUUAAUGUGGAGUAAAAGUUAAAUGUAAAGAAAAAAAAUUGACAAAAAAACAAAUUUGCACAUAAGUUUUCCUUUGGUGGAAGUGGAAUGUAAUGAAGAGUUCAUUUCCAAGAUGCUAAAUAUCCAUUCACAGGAGGGUUUAUAAUGUUAUUAGCCAAAAACCUUUUUAAAAUGUAAUGAAGUUGGUUAAAAUUUUCUACAACAAAUCAUAUCACUGUCACUUUUUGAAGUAGUGGCUAUUUCAUCUUGGACCAGAAUUCUUCACAUGUAAUGAGAAGGCUAAAGCUAGCUCAGGGUAUAUUAAAAGUUAAAGAAGGACUUGAUGCAUGUUGCACUAAGUGUGAGUGACUGGUAAAAGGUUUUUUCGGUCAAAGCAGGCAGCAGCCAGGUUAUUUAUCAUUACAGCUGCUGUUAACAGCAGGUGAGGAACUAUCGGAUAAAUGUGGCUCACAGAACAGCGAUGCUGCAACUGUAAUGAUACAAGAGAAAUAUAAAAUCAGCAGGCGUCUGCUUUUAGCUUUACAGAAACAUUUAGCAGCGAUGCAAUUUCUUCUACCUGCUGAGUCACAACCUGCAUUUACAUAGAAACAGAAAAGUCUGAUUCUUCAGCUCCGAAUAAUUGGGAAGCUGCUCAAAUCUUACACAUGGAACACAAACAAGGUCAUCAACCGCCAACUCAUGCCCUGUUUACACAACAACAGUUUUGUUAAAAACUCAAAAGCUUUUCCUUUGCAUUUUAAAACGUUCAGCAUUCACGUAAUGCUACACACUUCAUGCACACUGAUCUAUGUAAAUGAUUGAAAAUGCAGUAGUAUACUAAUAUGUAAUUUGAUUGAGUCUGCAGCACAAACACAUAGUCCACCAGUGUUGUUGCUGUUCUAUUUCCACAUGGCUGUUUUCACAGUGACAGUAAGGGUGGCGUUUAUAAAGAUUACACUCUGGAAACUUGGUUUCUCUGGUUUCAGAAGUUUGUGUUUUCAGGUCCCAAAACACUGUUGUGUGAAUGAAAGGCCAAACCACCACAAAGGUUUACAGAAACUGUUGUUGUGUAAACAGGACCUGAAUGGAUGUCAUAUUAGAUCCUGAUUUUGAUAUUUUCUUACAGGGGUAAAUAUUCUGUCUUUGGACAUCCUGUUUUGAUCAAUGACACAACAUUUCAAGGCUUUAUGCUAAGCUAAGCCAACCAGCUGUAGCUGUAGCUUGACAAUUACUGUACAGACGUGAGAGUGGAAUAAAUCUGAAUAUCUAACUUCUGAAACAUCGGAAAACUGAGUUUGGUUUUCUAAAACAGUUUUGUCUCUGCUCAUGAGAUAGAAACUAAAUCCGCAAAGCCAAAUGGCCAUGCUGUCAUCUGAUAGUUUGUUCUGUUUAAACCGUGUCAUGAUGAUACUGCCUGAAACCCACCAAACUAAAACCCAUGGUGUAAAAGAAACCCUGAAUUUUGAAGGCUUCUGAAUCGGCCAUCUUUGUAUCUGUGUAAGUGCAGCUGUGGUGGGUGAAGGACUGUGGUUCGACCAUCUUGUUAGCCUUUGUUGUGUUGCUCAUUCUGGUAGCUACCAGGCCCAGUUUGGGUUUUUUAAUGGAUUAAUUGAGACGACGUAGCUGC